AUGCGUCAACCAGAGCCCGUCGUCGUCGCCGGUUUUGUCGGCCGACGGAGACGUCGCGCUCUUGUGGACACAAACAGAGGAUCCGCUCCUCCACAAAACAGCUUUUCCUUUUUCAGAAACACUGAUCACACCAUGGAGCCUUCCCUUCUAACGUGGGAAAAAUUGAAUUAUUCUGAACUGCGCUCCUUCGAAACGUUCUUUGGUAGUAAAAGAUGUAUAAUUGAAAAGGCGGGUCAUGACUUGGGAACUCCCCAGCAGUCUCUAUAGGGGCAACUUCAGGGUCCUUGGAGGUUCCCUCAAUAGACGAAUCGGGGUGAGGUAACAAAAGUAUACCGAUGGUAUAGCUCAAAAUGAAAAAGGAGAGUAUGAAAAUAAGUUCUUCGCUACUCAUCCAUUAUGUGCUUCAGCACUGCCGGAGCUGUGCCGACAGUGUGGAGUGGUAUGUCGCAAGUCUUCCGCAUUUUUCUGCAAUUUUGCAAGUCUACUAUCGUUAGGCUUCAGACGUAUCGAUGGACUGACUACAGGUGCUAUCGCGAUGCCCCUGCCCGAUUCGUUUGAGCCUCCAGAGUUCCCUUCGCCUCCCCCUCAAGUUUGUCUUAUUGAUUGUUUUCCAAUCUGAACAAAAAACUAAUAGGACCCUAUAGAGACCCCGAGUUCUACGGGGCCGUACGGGCUUAGGGGAUAGACCCUAAACCCCUAUAGGACCACCUAAAUUUUACCUUUUUUUGAAAACUACUUAUAAACAAAAAAUGAAAUUUUUUAAGCCAAAAAAAUAAAAAUUCUAUGAUCGCCGAAAAAAAUUGAGAAGCGCGCAAAGUCAAAUUGUUUUCUCAAUUGCAAUGCAGUAUUGGAAGAUGUUUAUGCUUUUUUCAUAUUGAGAAAAACAUUGCUCAAAUAAUACUUGUGGACAACUACAAGCAAAUGUACUGUUUUGGUUGGUAAAAAAAGCUGGAGAAUUUUUCGCAAGUUGUUUUGAAACGUUUCCCGGUCGAAGACACGCUUUUUUUCUUUUUCAUUUAUAAGAGCGUUUAAUUUUCAAACAAAUAAAGCAAUAAAAUCGAAAAUUCAAGAUCGCCGAAAAGUUUUUUUCAACAAAAAAAGGUGAAUAAAAGUGGGCGAAAUUACAUUUUCACGAGACUCAAAGAGCACUGUAGGCUGUAUUUGUGCAGUCACUGAGACGAAAGUGAUGGUAAAGUGGAAUUACAGCUAGUAAAACCUUCUCUUUUGGCUCCUGAAACCGUGCCGCCCUUGCAAAUAAGAGUGCGCGCAGAUUGCAUUAGAAUUUGCAAAACCAAACUUUCAGUGCAAAAAAUUUUGCUUUUCGAUUACUUUUAAAUAUUGUUUUCUCCUCUUAUUCUAAAUAUUUUUCGUUUUUCUCUUCUGUUUUCGCAUACUACAUGUUAAAAUCAUUAUUUUUAUAACAAAAACGAGAAGCUAGCUUGAGUUCGAAAAUAGGUCUAUCGAGCGCUCGGGCAAAGUCGGAAUGGUGGAUAAUGGGUGCUAAAAGGGAGAGGCUCAAAAAAAGGCCGCAGACAGGCAGCAAAAAGGCAAAGAACGGCAGCAAAAAGGCAGCGAAAGGCAGCAAAAAGGCAGCAAAGAGAGUCCCUUUAUCGAGCCUUCCAUUUUUCUGGGAUUUUAAAGGCUCGAGAAAUGGCUUUAUGGACCCUCGGAGAAUCCUUCCUACUUUGCCUAUGGGGCCGGUUUUCUCUUCAUCCCUGUAGGGAACACUCUGGCAUGUCAGUUCUUUUGAGCCUGUUUCUACAUUUUUUUUUUCCGGUUUUCUUUUACCUCGCGGUUGCUUUUGUCAUAUAUCGGUGUUUUAGAUGCAUCACACUUGAAUAAAAACUACGAUGAAGGGAAAUUCUACUAUUCUUCCAAAUUGUGAAGUACUGGAAGUUGGACGACGUCAUGCGAAACAAUCCGAUCUCGAAUUCGGGGAUUAUUCCUGUUUUCAAGGUAACCUUCAAAUUAAUUUUGCGGUGUCAAUUUAGAAAUAUGUUCAUUAAAAAAUUUUUUGUUUGGGAUCCGUAGGUUGAUAUUGCGUUUGUUCUUCGGAAAUUUUCCUCAAACAGUUUGUUUCUUUCACGACGUUCCAUAGGCUAUGCAUAGCAAACAACAAGUACUUUUAAUCUCGCGCUAUGUUUUCCGACCAGGACAAACAAACAUGUAUUUUUCACUAAAAGAUACUUUUUUUUGCUUUUUUUCUGAGUGGACUAAUUUGCUUAUGAAGAAGGAAAAGCGGCGGCGCAUGCGAAAUGAAGGUGAUGUGCCAGAUGAACGCCGGAACAUCUGCCGUCGACCGUCCAGCCCCAUAUUGA